GAACCCAGCGUGAUGUUUCCUGUAAUGGACGAAUCUGAGCGUGAUUUUCUUCGAGCUGCCGUUCGACUCACCUAUUCCACUGAUGACGAAGACAGUGCCUCAACCCCAUCGCCAUCAUUCGGUCAUCCUUCAUUUGCCUACAAUCCCGGUAUGGGACGAUAUGUAGAAAAACUCUCACCUCAAUCACCAACUACCGAUAGCGGCAGGCCAAAUAGUGACGAUGAAGAUAGAAGGACACACCCUUGUUCGACUAAAUCUUUGGACGAUGGCUUCUUCGACUCGAGCUUCCAAAGGAAAGAUGAAGAUACCCCGUCGGAAGCACUAACAUCCGUGUCAAAUCUGCAGAAAAUCAACGAUAAUAUUCCUGAAGAAGAAGCUCGUGACAAUCAUUUGAGCAUUUUGGAGAAGAACGCUCGUGUAAUGAGAUGGAUUCAUGGAUGCGCUGUGGCUCCCACAACGCCAUAG